CGAACACUACAAGACGCAUUUAACAACACAAUGCAUCCAACACCGUCCGUUCCUUCAUCACCAAGCCUAGCUGCUACUCCGUCCUCGCCAUCCAUCAUGCCUGGCCCUGUACCAAGACGCCUGUCGGCCACCUCGGUCCGCCGAGCAUCCUCGUCUUCAUUGCGUGGUGGUGUCGAUGCUUUGCCUCCACCUAUGCCAAGACAAGCAAGCAAUUUGGCAGAGCUUCAUGAAAUCAUGUCUCAAGAGUCAGAAGCUGUGACAAAUGCACUCCUGAAACGCCUAGACGACCUCAGACGCGACAAAAUCCGCAUUGAAGCAGAGCUCGAAGCCGAAUCCGAGUCUAUCGUGAAUCGUCUCUCCCGCCAAAUCGCGGCGCUACGAGCACAGCAUGCGAGCACUGAUCCCAACACAGCGGUAUCAGACGUCCCUCUAGCCUCACCCGUAGCAUCAUCUGGCCGUACCUCACGAGCAUCGAGUUUCGUAUCCGAAAGAACACCGAGCAGAGCAGGUAGCUUGAGGAGAGAACCUAGUGUUCAGGGAACUCCGCACCGUCCUGCAGAGGUUUCCAUUGUCGACUCCUUGAAGGCUGAGAACGAGGAUCUGAGGAGGAGGCUGCGAGAGGCUGAGGACAAGAUCAGGGAGUUUACUAAGACCAACGCCAGAUCUUGAUCUGUGUGAUGGCUAUUCAUUGACUGGCUGCAGGCUCAGCCUUAUGGCUAUCAUCCCAAUUGAGGCGCCCGUAUACUGUUGUUAAGGUUGCGAGGUGACGUUCCAGUAUCGCGUGUGAGUCUCCGGCCUUCUCGGCAUUCUUAGAAACGCGUUUUCUCAGUGGGUUC